CGAGCAUGCUCCGGAAUCCGAAUGAUAGGCAUGAGCUGCAACGGCAUGAGGUGAAACAAGUGAUCUGUUCAGUUUGUGACACGGAGCAACCAGUCGCUCAAGUUUGCUCAAACUGCGGUGUUAAUAUGGGAGAAUAUUUUUGCAGAAUCUGUAAUUUCUUCGAUGAUGAUAUAGAGAAAGGGCAGUUUCAUUGUGAUGAUUGUGGAAUAUGCAGAGUUGGAGGCCGUGAAAACUUUUUUCACUGCACAAAAUGCGGCUCCUGCAGUCCUGCUAUGCAGUUAGUCUGUGUGACAACCACUGUUGUGUGGAGAACUCCAUGAAGCAUCACUGUCCCAUUUGUUAUGAGUACCUCUUUGACUCUCUGAAAGACACAACCGUUAUGAAAUGUGGGCACACUAUACAUUAUGAGUUCUUCAGUGAGCUGAUAAAGCGUGAAAAGUACUGUUGCCCAAUAUGUUCCAAGUCAACCAAAGACAUGUCGAGUAUUUGGAAAGAAAUGGAUGAAGAGAUUGAGCAUACAGUAAUGCCUGAAGAUUAUAGAGACCGAAAGGUUUGGAUAUUAUGCAAUGACUACAAUGACACCACAGAAGUAUUCUUCCAUAUAAUUGGGCAGAAGUGUCGCCACUGUCAAUCCUACAACACUCGUACCAUUGCUCCACCCGUGCUUCCCGAACAACACUAAUGUGCUUUGGCAGAUCGAUUGACUUCAGUCCAAGUAAGCUGUUUAAAGUUCUGCUAAGAAAUUAUCUUUUGCCUC